AUGCUUGGAGUUCAUCUUCAUCGAUCAGAAAAUGAAGAGGCGUACAACAAUGAUGUCCCGGCUAGUGAAAUAGAAGAACAUGGUCCAUCCUCCUUCCCACCGGAGAAUCCUAAUCGAAGAGUUGAUGACGAUAAUUUGCUAGAGCUAUCUCGAUCACCUAGUCGUUCUACUAUACCGAGAACCCCACAUUCUCCAUGCCUCACUCGUACGUCAUCCGCUCAUGCUCGAAAUUCUUCGACAUGGCGUACUCAUAUGAGAAGAGUUAACUUUGAGGCACAAGUUGAUAGACGGUUUCAACGUAUGGAAGAAUCUCGUGGUGAGUUACUAAAUGUGGUGCGGUUACGUUAG